AUGGCAUCAGGAGCAGAAGCGGCAGACGUGGCCAGCGUCGCGGAAGACCUCUUCGGAGGCCUGUUCAUUGCGAUUUCCCUCGCUGCAAUGUUGUACGGAAUCACGACAGCACAGUCAUACCUUUAUUGGUGGAAUUUCCCGAACGACGUCAGGAUCAUCAGGUGGACCGUUCUAUUCGUAUGGAUACUGGAAACGUUACAUACGGCGUUCUGUCUGCAUAUGAUAUAUCAUUAUGUGAUCACCGGUUUUGGAAACGUAGCUGAGGCAUCCCUUAUCAUCUGGAGUACUGGGGCUUCAGUGUUUAGCGAGGUCAUUGUUGCGGCGUUCGUACAAGGCUUCUUCAUCCGUCGUAUAUGGAUUCUGAGCCACAAAUCCAUCAUUGUCACCACAAUACCAAGCGUAUUGCUGGUCGCUCGUGUCGGCUUGAGCUGGGGCUCCGGCGUUCUGACAUUAACGACCAGCACAUGGGCAGAAUUUGACAAGCGCAAAGGUUCCUUCUUCACAGUCACCUGCGGCCUCAGUUUUGCGGCGGCGACAGACCUGGCCAUCGCAGUGAUCCUCAUUUAUUAUCUGCGGCGCAGCCGGACAGGUUUCCAAGGCACGGACCAACUCAUCCGAAGUAUGCAGUCCUACGUCAUCAAUUCUGGUGCCCUGACAAUGUUCGUCUCGAUCAGCAUCGUGCUCACCUUUGUCUUCGUCAAGAACAGCCUCGUCUUUGUCGGACUCGUGCAUGUUCAGGGAAAGCUCUACGCGAACUCGUUCCUCGCAACCCUGAAUGCGCGCACACUUCGGCAGGGCGGGGGCAAGAGCACGAGCCAGGAUCCCCACUCGAACUCGGUUGAGCUGAACUCCAGGCGCCAGAAUCAGACGGAGCCCCAGAUACCUCGCCCCAUCGAGAUCUUCCAGCACGUCACCAGGGAUGUCAACGACGGGAAGGGCCCGACUCCGUUCACGCAGGUCGAGGACGACGACUACUCUUCGACCGGGAAGUCGCAGUCACUCGUUUGA